AUGUCCGAACCAACAGGUACCCCUCCAACCGACGGGCAGCCCCCUGGAGUACCCCAGAAUGCGCCGCCUUUGGAAGAGACACCGGGGCCGAUCAGGCCGGAUCGCUUUGAACCGGUUUUCGACGGUCCCACCUCCCAACUGGUCCUGUCACGAAGCCAGGCACACUGGACACGCCUGUCUGCACUUGGUCGUGCCUCCUCCCGCUUCGAUGUCUCACCCCUCGAUCUCAGAGCGCUCCUGUCCAGAAUCCCUGCUUUGCCGAAUUAUAUUCCCAAAGAUGCCCGCUUCAUCGCCGGCUCCGCUCAGUGGUCGAACACGGCAACCGAGUGUGACGCCAAGACCCGUGUGAUGCCCCGGAACAUCUCCCUUAGAGGGACCCAUCCGGUCGUCUGCCGGAUCUCCAGCCUGGAAACUUUCCAGAACUGGGACCGAGACACCAAUAACGGCCUCGCUCUAUUGAUAAUUGGCUGGGCCUAUGUUCUUUGCGCGAAUCUUGCCGAACGCCAGGGCCGGUCCAUCAGUUAUGCGGUGCAAGAGGCAACCUCCCAAGACAGUGCCGAAGAAGGUGGCGGCCAAGCGCUUGAUCUCAGGUACGCCCCUUCGGCGGAGAGAAAAUGGUGGAAAGCAAUCCUCGCCAACGGACGGGGGUGGGGGGUUGAAGGGGACAUUGUUCUCCCUUGGGCUCUGUCCAUCGAGAAUAUCGGUGUCGACGUGCCUGAUGUCGCAGUCCUCGCGACCGACCUGCCACCAUCGUCGAUGCAAGCCGCAUCUUAUGUUGGCCGGCUGUGUGUCGCAUACGGUCUGUGCGGACAGCUCACGCCAUCUCUGGUUGCCGCCUUGUGCAUCCCGCUCCAAUACACCAUCAUGAGCCAUUGGGCACCGGAAAUGGAUCUUCCAAAACCUUCAUUGGCUGUGCCACUAUUCGACCCUCGGGGAGAAGCUUGCUUGCUUAAAGAGCUCAAGCUGAUUGACUACUACAUGACGCUCAGCCUCGAUCCCUCGACAAUAGGGUGUGCCAUGUGGAGUGUAUUCUGGACCGAAGGCGUCCCAUGCAACUCGGCCGGUGCGUGGUUCGGGCCAAUUGCACAUGUCCUUCGCCCUUUUCUCGAGGCCAAUGACCAUAAGUCCGUUGUCAGGAUCCUCUCCCAAGCCUGCCCGAGGGCGGGGCCACUCUGGCUCGGAAGUGCUCUCCUGGGUCCCAGCAGCCUCAUCGGGAGGAUCGAGAUGUAUCUUGACCGCGGCAAGUGGGUUCCCUGCACCGGGCCAGACCCAACAUCGGCGAUGUGGACUGGCCUCCCGCACUCGUUUCUGGAUGGCUACUGCACACGCGGCGUCACCCGCAGAGAGACUGUCUCUCGAGCUGACGUGUGGCGGCUGCGACGUGAAUUCCCCAAUAAGUACAGAACCCGCGACUUGGAGCAGCCUCUCCCCCAUGCCUGGCCACCCUUUGGGCGCAUGAGGAGAGAGGAUGUGGAGCUCGAGAUCCGCGACCAUCUUGUUUGUAACCAUCGCUGGAAAUACGUGUCCUGGUCAUGGGGCACGGAGGAGCUUGAUGAUGUCGGCUUCUCCAGCUACAGCAAGCUUUUGCGACCUCUCAAUAUCAUGGCAGGCCAAUUCGACCUGGGGGGAGACGGCGGGUCGCAGAGCGGUGCCCUCGUCGUGACAAACCGAGGGCUGAACCACAUCGAAGCCUCGGACAAUUUGACAAGCACCAUGUUCUCCUGGGCCCGAAGCCAGGUGGAAUUGGGCUUCUUCGAGACCGUCGUGCCCAUCAGGCCGGUCAUCGGCAUCAGGCUGGUACAGCGCCACAGCAACCAGACCACCGGCGAGGCCAGUUCCCCCAUCCUCAGGGAGAACAUCGCGAAAUGGGCGAGGCAGGUGACUGCUUCCGCAAAACUCGCGCGGGGCGAGCCACUGCUGAGCGAGGAUGAGUCGACGGACGAGUCAGAGGCUGAAGGCAAUGAGGAGGAUGGCGAGUCUCUGUAG